AUGGCACAUUACUUGUCACUGGAUCAGGCCUCACUAGGCACUCAGGUUCCCGGCCGAGAAAAUUUGAAGGAGACGGGCCCAACUCUUGGCGGUUCUCGGCCCAGCGCCAGGGCCAUGUUGGUACCGGGCCGAAAUCCACCACACGCAAAAAAAUACCAUCUUGAAAAGGUGUGUAACACUGUACUAGCUUCUAUUCAGAUCUCUGCGUACGUUCAUAUCACAAAAUCCAAAAAGAAAAAGCCAGCCAAGCAAGCUGCGAACAUUCGAGAUAGACGAAAUGCUGAUGAGAAUGAGCCGAGCAACAGUCUUCUUGAUGAGCUGUUUCGAUACGAUAAGGCCGUGAAACAAACGGCAUCUUCAAUUGCGCCAUCGAAAGGUACAAAGCUUGGAAUACAAUUCGAAAACGGCCAAAACAAUUGCACUAUAACCGUGAGUACGUGUGAUAUGACACGUUAGAAAGUUUGCUACCGUGGAGCAAACUCUGCAUAACAAAUCGCAAGGGAAGAAAAGUUUAUCAGUAAUGGAAACCAGACGUUGUACGGAGGUUUUUUGGCCUGGAAUUGACCCUUGGAUUCUUAUAUUCAUAUAGUGGCAAACCUGAUCCGGUGGCAAAAAACGUUCCAUUUUACAUCCGGAAAGCAUCAAAAAUGUGGCAAAAUGCUUCCCUCUCCAAGUGAAAAAACUCCGAUUUCAAAAGCGCGCCCACUCUUUUUUUUUGAGAAUUCCAAGAGUCAAUUUUAGGCCAAAAAUCCUCCGUACAACGACAGUUUUCGAAUCCUAAUAAACUUUUUUGCCCUUUCGGCUUGUUGUACAGAAGGUUUGACUGUAAAUUUGACACUAUAAAACGAUCUUUUUGUACCCACCAAUCUUGUAGAUGACAUACAAAUCAACCACAACGCAAUCUGCACAGCAUCAACAACCUCAACGACGAAAAAUCUUGUAACCUCUUGCCUUUACGACUGGUUUUUUGAGCCCCGAAAAAACAUGACGUCAUGGAGCCAACUUCAAAUUAUGAAGGACAUAUCCAACUGUGUAGCCCGAAUACCUCUCAACGAAGGUGAUAAAAUGCAGCUUACGAAUCCGGCUUCGAACAUAAUCACUUCGAUUAUCAACUCGUAUUUGAAAUACCUCAAAAAAGAUUACUCCCGCGCCGUCUAUCGCAACUUCAGAUACCUCAGACAAAACUUUGAGCAUUUCGCGUAUUAUCGGCAUUACUACAACGACAAAAAUGGAACGCAUUUCUUCAGCGGCGCUGUUGAUGGUGAGUCGGAGCCGGACUAUCAAAUUGUCGGGAAAAUAAUGAGCACGCUCUUAAGGCGGUUUUUAGGGCCAACUAAGGGUAAAUUUGCUCGGCCCGGCCCCAGAGCCUUGUCUAGGCGGACCUGAUCCAGUGACAAAAAACGUACCCUUUUGGACCCGGGAAGUAUAAGAAAUGUAGCAAAAUACCUCCUCUCUAAGUGAAAAAAAUCCAAUUUCAAAAGCGCGUCCGCUCUUUUUGUGAGGCGCUCUUCAAAACGGAGUUUUCUCAGUUGGAGAGGGAGGCAUUUUGCCACAUUUUUUGAUACUUCCUGUAUGCAAAAUGGUAGUUAAUACGUGGGCAAAAAGAGAAACCGGAAAAGUUUUCAAAAAAGCGCAAAGCCGCAUAGCUUUUUUCACAUCCGACUAAAGAUCUGUCAUAAAAAUAUUUUUGCUAAAAUUUUGGAUCACAAAAAAGUUUGUGAUUAUUUUCAACCAUAUAAAGUGGGGGAUCUGAUCCAGUGGCAAAAAACGUGCCAUUUUGCAUCCAGGAAGUAUCAAAAAAUGUGGCAAAAUACCUCCCUCUCAAAGUGAAAAAACUGGGCGUGCCCUUUAAAAAAAAGUUUUUGCAUUUGGAGAAGGAAGCAUUUUGCCACAUUUUUGAUACUUUCAGGAUGCAAAAUGGUACGUUUACUGCCAAUGGAUCAGAUCCUCCACUGUGGAAAAAAAAUUGCAGUGACUUGGUGAUUUAUAUAUAUACGUUGUUAACCGUCGCUUUAGUUUGUGGCCCACUUUCCCGCCAAUGGGAGUUCUCCGGCCUCUAUUCGUCGGCUCAUUUGCUGAGCGAUUUUAUCAACAUGGCCGAAGAAACGUUCUGCUCAAACUUUUCCAAGACCCAUCAACACAGAGUGUGCACUGUGCCCUGCAACAUUCGGCAUGACCUUUGCUGGAAAAUGUGUCAACUCCAAAUUAAUCAAACCUAUUCGCAGGAAAUGCUCAUUUCUCAGCCGCAAAAUGGGAAAAUCCUUGAGACAACAGCUGAGAUUUCAACUACAUCGCAAACUAGUAGCAGUACAAGUAAAAUUAUCAGCACUAUUGCGCCUAAUACGGAGUUUCCGACCACUUUCGCAGCAUUGGAAACAAGUGCAAUAUCAGAAGAGGCCACAACACAAGAUGUGCGAAUUUUGGCGAAUGGAAUGUCGGUGGAACAAGUCGGCGAAAAGUUGAAUUUGAAUGUGAGAUUUUUUUGAAUUACCAAACUUUUGCACUGUGCAAAAAAUGGCGUUUAUCGCACAGUGCGAGAAAAAAUAGAGCAAAAAAGAUUGCACUGUGCGAAAAAACAAAUUCCAUUUUUUUGCACAGUGCAAACGAAAUUGAUUGCACUUUGCAAAAAAGUAGAGUUUAUCGCACAGUGCGAGAAAAAAAGAAAACAAAAAAAGGUUGCACUGUGCAAAAACCGAAACUUUGAAUUCGCACAGUGCACGUCAAACAGUUCGAUUUUUCGCACUGUGCAAAACAUGCGACACUCGAGUUUUGCAAACUUCACUGUGCAAACCCGGAAACGUUAGAUUCGCACUGUGCAAAAACAUAAAGAAUGAUUUCAAAAAUUUUCUGCACUGUGCAAAACCGGCGACACUCGAGUUUUGCAAACUGCACUGUGCAAACUCGAAAACUUUGGAUUCGCACAGUGCAAUUCAAGACAAUUCAGUUUUUUGCACUGUGCAAAACCUGCGACACGCGAGUUCCGCAAAAUGCACCGUGCAAAAACAUAAAGAACGAUGUCAAACAUUUUCUGCACUGUGCAAAACCUGCGACACGCGAGUUUCGCAUUGCAAACUGCACUGUGCAAAACGGAAACUUUGGAUUCGCACAGUGCACGCCAAACAGUUCGAGUUUUCGCACUGUGCAAAACAUGCGACACUCGAGUUUUGCAAACUGCACUGUGCAAAAACGGAAACUUUGGAUUCGCACAGUGCAAUUCAAAGCAGUUCAAUUUUUUGCACUGUGCAUAACCUGCGACACUCUUGUUCCGCAAAUGCACCGUGCAAAAACAUAAAGAAUGAUGUCAUACAUUUUCUGCACUGUGCAAAACCUGCGACACUCGCGUUUUGCAAACUGCACUGUGCAAAGAAACCCGAAAACUUUGCACAGUGCAUUUCAAAACAAUUCAAUUUUUUGCACCGUGCAAAAAAUAAAAAAUGACGUCAAGCAUUUAGGCGUCGUAUUUUAGGUCAAUUACUCGGCUGCGACACUAAAUUCAGUGAUUUUGGAUGGCACACACACGAUUUCAGCCUCCCUGACCGAGGAACAGAAGCAAGAAUUGUCAAUAACUGAUGCGGAAUUCCUAAAACAAUGCCGAUAUGAGAACAAAGAGUGCGUUAGAGAGUACGUUUAGCCCAUUUAUGAUAUUGUAAUUAGCCAAUAAGGAAAACUGUGGCUCAAAAACAAGAUUUUUUGUUCAAAAAUCGCCGAAUUCUGCUUUUUUCAAUCAAAAAAAUUUGAUUUUUCAACUAAAAAAUCAUAUUUAUAAGUCAAAAAAAGAGAUGAAAAUUUGAUUUCUAAUCCCAAAAACUUUUUAAAAUUUGAUUUUCAUCCCAAAAAUCAUCAAAAAUUCCAAUUUUUCCCUCAAAAAACGGCAAAAUUCCCAAAAUUUUCAGUUUCAAGCCCGUCUACGACCUGGAUUACGGCUACUGUUAUACGGUCAACCACGAUGGGAACAUGACAAUCACAGGGACUGGGAAAGAGUCAGGUAACGUCGCCAUAAACAGCAACUUUACUCCCACUUUUCAGCCCUCGAAUUGAUAGUCCAUUACCCCGUGGACGAAUAUUAUUUGCCGACAGUGGAGAAGGUGGGCUUCAAAGUCACGAUUCAUCCGCACGACGAAAUGCCAUUCCCCAGCAAUUUUGGACAUUUGGUGAAGCCGGGUAGCAGCACUGCAUUUUAUGUGAAAAAAGUGGGGUUUUGAGAUUUUUUCGGUGUUUCUGAUAAGAAAAUAGUGAAAAUUUAAAAAAAAUAUAAUACUUUUAGAAUUUUUGAGCCUUUCAGCAAUCUUUCCUGGCAUUUAUAACCGUAUUCUGACCUUUUUCAAAAGUGACAUUUCGUUAUUGAUUUUUUGAACAAAAAGUCACAAGUUUAAUUUCAGUGAAAUUUUGAGUAUUCAUGGGGCGUAUUUUAAAAAUGAAUGUCCUUUUAGAAUUGUUGAGGCUUUCAGCGAUCUUUCCUGGCAUUUAUAUAACCGUAUUUUGAUCUUUUUCAAAAGUGACAUUUCGUUAUUGGUUUUUUGAACAAAAUGUCACAAGUUUAAUUUUAGUGAAAUUUUAGGUAAAAUUGAAACAGCUACCUGUUAUAUCAAUGUAUUUUACAAAAAUAUAUUCUUUUUUGAAUUUUAAAAAAGUGACAUUACGUUAUCGAUUUUUUGGAUUUGCCCACAAAAAGAAACCUGAGGCUUUUUCUGAUUGUAAUUAAUCAGUUUCAUCAAAAAUUAAUGAUAUCCAGAUUAGAUAACCUCGUAUUUACCAAAAAAAUUUGAGUUUUUUAUUCAAUCUUAUCUACAGGGUGCGCCAAAAAUAUUGGGACAAAAAUCAAUUCCGUGUAGCUUUUUCCGGCUGGCCUUGGAAUCAAAACUUUUGGCCGUUUUAGCAAGGGUAACAGUCUUGCUAUACGGCAGCGGUAAUGCCAGGGUUGGGGCCUAUUGCAAACUUGAAAAAAUUUUCAAAAGUUUUUGGGGGACCAAAAUUUUCUUUUCAAAUGGAUGAACGGGAAAUCAAUUUGGCCAUUAUUUCCGCUAAGGGAAAGUAAGAUCCUUCAAAUUUAUUGUGUAUAAAGCACAUGCCAUUCACUUCGUAACAGCGUAUGUAAUCAUGGUUGACGACCGAUAUGGCGACGCUGGUCGAAAAAACAAAAAAAAAUCCCGAAAGUUCGGAUUUUUAUGUUUUUAACGAUCUCAAUACCACAGUAUCGCCCGUGUUGCUCUAAAAUUUUGUGGUUAUAAAGUGUGUACAUAGGGAAUUGUCAUACUGUAAAAGAAAAUCUACACCUACAAGGGGACAGUUUCUGUAUGGAAAAAACUUUAUGGUGCGGAUUGGAGGCACGGUCCUUCAAAGCUUGAUAUAUUUUGGCAGUUUACUACAAGUUGAAAAGUACUUGAGCGUAAAAAUCGACGUAACGCUGUACUCCGGAUACAUGCUGACACAACUGAAUUACUUUUAGCGAUCUUCAGUCCAAGCUUACUUGACGAGCAACCUUAGAGUAAAUUCUACCGCUGUAGUCACUAUUUCAUCCCUCAGAGGCAGAAGAUAAAAAAAUAAUUUUUCAAAGACGACUAGUCAGACUCUCGUUGUCCUUAUAAAAGUAUAUCUGAUGCCUAAUAUGCUGGGAACCUUACAUCGAAACUUCUACAUAAAAAUCUUUGAUCUUACGGAAGUUUUCUGAAAAACGGCGCGUUUUUAGGCCGACUUUGACGGGCUGUAAAAGAUGUAAUCGCCAUUAUAAGUAAAAAUCAUUUUUAGUGCAUAAAAUGCGACCGCUACUCUGUCAUAUAAAGUGAAUUUCUGCCAUAGCAUGCAACGGUAAAACUAGUGUUUCCAAUUUUUAUCCAUUUUGGGGUCCGUGUCUCAGGGGCCUUAGUUGUGAGCACUUAAAAUGGCAGAACAGGUGUCGUAUACGACUACUCUGUCUAAAACUUUGAAGAUAGAUUCUUUGGAGCAUUGCACGUUUGCACAAGCGACCACUUUGCUCUUGUACCAUUACAGCCCGCAGGGCAAGUAAAAAUAUGAGUCCCAAUAUUUUUGGCGCACCCUGUAGAAAAAGCACUCCAAGCUCGCCGCUCCCUACGGUUAUUGCGAUACAUUGGACACUCUGAAGGGCCGCAAACAAAAAUACGUCUAUCCAGGGAAGUAUACUACCGAGGUAAGAGUGAUAUCACGUAAUGUGACUUUAUUGCACUGUGCGAAACAAAAACAACUUUUUCCGCACAGUGCAGACAAAAAGAAACGAAAAUUGCACGGUGCGGAAUUUGUCGCUCAUUUUGCACAGUGCAAUGGCCAAAUUUUUUGUUUUUUGCACAGUGCGGAAUUUGUCGCCCAUUGUGCACAGUGAAACCGCCAAAUUUUUUGUUUUUUGCACAGUGCAGAGUACUAGUCCGUCCGGAAAGUCGCCGGACUGAAAUCGGCGACGUGCACUCCGCGAAAACGAAAGUUCACUUUGCACUGUGCAAUUUUUGGCUUUUUGCACUGUGCAAUAGGCUUUUUCGAGCUGUCGCUCGCACCCUGAGUGUUUUCUCACAGUGCAUGUCGCCGAUUUCCGUCCGGCGACUUUCCGGAAGGACUAGUAAAAAUUAGUUUUUUGCACAGUGCGGAACUUGUCGCUCAUUUUGCACAGUGCAGUGACCAAAUAUGUUGUUUUUUGCACAGUGCAAAGGGUAAAAACAACUUUUUUUGCACAGUGCGGAAUUCGUCGCUCACUUUGCACAGUGCAAUGACCAAUUUUUUUGUUUUUUGCACAGUGCAAAGGGUAAAAACUAGUUUUUGCACAGUGCGGAACUUGUCGCUCAUUUUGCACCGUGCAAUGGCCAAUUUUUUUGUUUUUUGCACAGUGCAAAGGGUAAAACAAGUUUUUGCACAGUGCGGAACCUGUCGCUCAUUUUGCACCGUGCAAUGGCCAACUUUUUUGUUUUUUGCACAGUGCAAAGGGUAAAAACUAGUUUUUUGCACAGUGCGGAACUUGUCGCUCAUUUUGCACCGUGCAAUGGCCAAUUUUUUUGUUUUUUGCACAGUGCAAAGGGUAAAAACUAGUUUUUUGCACAGUGCGGAACCUGUCGCUCAUUUUGCACAGUGCAAUGGCCAAAUUUUUUGUUUUUUGCACAGUGCGGAAUUUGUCGCUCAUUUUGCACAGUGCAAUGGCCAAAUUUUUUAUUUCUUGCACAGUGCGGUAUUUGUCGCUCAUUUUGCACCGUGCAAUGGCCAAUUUUUUGUUUUUUUGCACAGUGCAAAGGGUAAAAACUAUUUUUUGCACAGUGCAAUGGCCAAAAUUUUUCGUAUUUUUUGCACGUUGCAUUUAUCCUCAGUAAAAAAUGAUUAAUUUUUAGGGCUGUACUCGAACCUGCUAUCAAGACCAAGUCUUCCGGGCUUGUGGCUGCGCUGAUCCGAGAUUUGUCUACGACCCUCCAGUAUACUGUAAUACCUUUAAUGACGAGCAAGGUAGAUCAAAAAAAUUGUUCUAAAAUCCCGCCAAUUUUCAGCCCGAUGUCUCUACAAUUUCACGAAUCAAGAGCCCACCGGGAGAUACGAAAAUUGUAUUUGUUAUCCGCCCUGUGAUCACGAACUUUUCACCGCAAUUUCCUUGAGUUCAAAGUGGCCCAAAAAAGAGUUCGAUGUGGAGGACUGCUCAUUACAUAGCAGUGAAGAUUGUGCCCUAGAUUACCAAAAGAAUGGCGCUGAAAUUGUGAUAUUUUUCCCUCAUGGAAGCCAUGUUAUACUCAUCGAAAAUCCCACGACAACCGUAAGUCAAGUCUUCUUCCUCUGCACUGUGCAAAUUUUGUCUUAAUUUUUGCACAGUGCGAUUUUUCGUUUGAAAAUUUUUGCACAGUGCAAAGCAUUUUUGUUGCACCGUGCAAUCAUUUUUCCCAAAAUUUUGUCGCGGCUUUUGUACUGUGCAAAUCUUUUUUCAUCGCACGGUUCGAAAAUUUUUUUCUGUGGAACUUUUUGCACUAUGCAAAACAUCUUUCGUUGCACCGUGCAAUCAUUUUUCCCAAAGUUUUGUCGCGGCUUUUGCACUGUGCAAAGCAUCUUUUGUUGCACCGUGCAAUCAUUCUUUCCCAAAGUUUUGUCGCGGCUUUUGCACUGUGCAAAUCUUUUUUCAUCGCACGGUUCGAAAAUUUUUUUCUGUGGAACUUUUUGCACUAUGCAAAACAUCUUUCGUUGCACCGUGCAAUCAUUUUUCCCAAAGUUUUGUCGCGGCUUUUGCACUGUGCAAAGCAUCUUUUGUUGCACCGUGCAAUCAUUCUUUCCCAAAGUUUUGUCGCGGCUUUUGCACUGUGCAAAUCUUUUUUCAUCGCACGGUGCAAAAAUUUUUCCUGUGGAACUUUUUGCACUGUGCGAAGCAUCUUUUGUUGCACCGUGCGAAACAUUUUUCGUUGCAGUGUGUUUCCUUCACGGUGCAAAAAUUUUUUCUUUGACUGUGCAAUGUUUUGUCGCGGCUUUUGCACUGUGCAAAAAAAUUUCCUUUGGAACUCUUUGCACCGUGCAAAGCAUCUUUCGUUGCACUGUGCAAGUCCUUUUUCAUCGCACUGUGCAAUGUUUUGUCGCAAAUCCUUUUUCAUCGCACUGUGCAAAAAUUUUUCCUCUGACAAAACCUUUUGCACCGUGCAAACCAUCUUUCGUUGCAUUGUGCAAUGUUUUGUCGAGGCUUUCGCACAGUGCAAAACUCUUUUGCUCAUCGCACUGCGCGAAAAUUUUUUCCCUUGUCAAAACUUUUUGCACUGUGCAAUCAGUUCUUCCGUGAUGGCGAAAUAUUUUGUCGCGGCUUUCGCACAGUGCAAUGAUCUGAAACUGCCAAAAAAAACUCAAAUUGUUUGCACUGCGCAAAAUUUUGGUUUUUUUUUUGCACUGUUCGAAAAAAUUUUGAUUUUUUGCGUUUUCGGAAGUUAAUCCGGAACAUCUAAAAAAGCAAAUAUUUCAGCUCAAAACCCUCUUCAAUCGAGUUGCUGGGAUCUCAACCCUGUGGCUUGGCGCAACGUUACUCCUGCUGGCCGAAUGUAUUUUAGUCCUCAUUCAAGGUCUUAUAAACCUCUUCAACUGCUCUCACGAGCUUCCAGAGGUCCCAAGUUGCCGACGAAUCAACGCAGAAGAGCCGGAGGACAUCGCGGAACCUCUGAAUUUAAAGGCCCCUAAAGCUUUCCCUAAUCAUAUCUUUUCGGAUACUGUUAGUAGAACCGGUUUAUACAGCUCCACUGGAACUCUACCACCUGGAGUUUGUUAUGCGCACUAUAAUCGACAAUAUGAACCGAGUUUGUCAAUAAAAUCCGGGGAUUAA